CGGUGGAAAAAUCCUCUCUAGGGGCAGAGCUGCUUCAGAGAUUGCGGGACCGUGCGUUUGAAAGGUGCAAGAAAUUGGCGGGACUCGGAAAAAGUGGCCCACGUGUGAUGCACUACAUUAUCGAAUGAAACUAGGUAAGCAGGUAAGGAAAAAGAAAAGCAAGGAGGGAUGUGGCGAAGGAGAUUCAGCACUGCAGCAUCCGCUUUGAAGGACAAAAAAUGGGACGCUCUCGUCGUUGGUGGCGGCCACAACGGCCUCACUGCUGCCGCCUAUCUCGCCCGCGGGGGUCUUUCCGUAGCCGUCCUCGAACGCCGUCACGUUAUUGGCGGAGCCGCUGUUACAGAGGAGCUCAUUCCGGGUUUCAAGUUUUCUCGCUGCAGUUAUCUUCAGAGUCUACUCCGUCCCUCCGUAAUUAAUGAAUUAGAGUUGAAGAAACACGGUUUGAAGCUGUUGAAGAGAAAUCCGUCGUCGUUUACUCCCUGUCUCGACGGACGGUAUCUUCUUUUAGGGCCUGAUAAAGACCUCAAUCAUUCUGAGAUUUCGAAAUUCUCUAAAAGAGACGCCGAUGCUUAUCCAAGAUAUGAGAAGCAGCUUGAGAGCUUCUGUAAAUUUAUGGAUCCAGUGCUGGAUUCAGCUCCUCCUGAGUCUCUGCAGUACAAGGCAUCUUUUAACGAACAGAUGAAGCAUAAAUUACAGAAUUCAGUCUUUUGGGCAAAUUUUCUACGGCAGGCAGCCUCAUUGGGACAGAAAGAUAUGGUGGACUUUUUGGACCUUCUGUUGUCCCCAGCUUCUAAAGUUUUGAACAACUGGUUUGAGACAGAUGUCCUAAAGGCAACUCUUGCAACAGAUGCUGUUAUAGGAACUACAGGAAGUGUCCACACCCCAGGAAGUGGCUAUGUUCUGCUACAUCACGUUAUGGGAGAAACUGAUGGGGAUCGUGGAAUUUGGUCGUACGUUGAAGGUGGAAUGGGCUCAGUAUCCAAGGCUAUUUGUAAUGCUGCGAGGGAAGCUGGGGCUCAUGUUGUAACCGACGCUGAGGUUUCUCGGCUGUUGGUUGAAAACUCUAACACUGUCUGCGGGGUGAUGCUGGCUGAUGGUACCCCAGUGCAUUCUUCAUUUGUUCUGUCUAAUGCGACUCCUUAUAAAACUUUCACGGAAUUAGUGCCUGACAACGUGCUCCCCAACGAUUUUGUUCAUGCAAUUAAGUAUUCUGACUACAGUUCUGCCACUACGAAAAUAAAUGUUGCAGUUGAUAGAUUACCCCAGUUCCAAAGUUGUAAGUUAAAUUAUCCUGACGCUGGCCCCCAGCAUGCUGGUACAAUUCACAUAGGUUCAGAGAGCAUGGAGGAGGUUCACGAUGCAUCUCAAGAUGCAGUGAAUGGAAAACCAUCACGAAGGCCAGUUAUUGAGAUGACAAUUCCCUCUGUACUAGACAACACUAUAUCUCCACCUGGUAAGCAUGUGAUCAACCUGUUCGUUCAGUACACACCUUACAAACCACUGGAUGGUGACUGGCAAGAUCGGGAUUACAGAGAAUCAUUUCUGCACAGAUGCUUCAACCUGAUUGAUGAAUAUGCCCCUGGCUUCAGCGCAUCAGUGAUCGGUUAUGACAUGCUGACUCCCCCGGACCUUGAAAGGGAAAUCGGUUUGACAGGAGGGAAUGUAUUUCAUGGCGCAAUGGGACUGGAUUCGCUUUUCCUCUUGCGACCUGUGAAAGGAUGGUCGAAUUACAAGACUCCGCUUCAAGGGUUAUACUUAUGCGGAAGCGGAGCGCACCCAGGUGGUGGUGUAAUGGGAGCACCAGGACGUAAUGCUGCCCGAGUAGCUCUUCAAGACGCCAAUAAAUCGUUUAAAUAAUGCACAGCUUCAAUAUAGAAUUCCAUCCAGCAACAAACGGCAGACCAACCGGAACUAAAAUCGCGGUUUCACAUUUUCGGAUUCAAGUCUCUCACAAUUGACUUGGCUAUAUAGAUCUUGGUGCAUAAUAAGUGGCUGUGUAUAUUUUAGUGGAACUCUAUGGUGGGAGUUUUCUUUUUCAUUUUUCAGGUGAGAAUGAUUUAUUCAUUAAGGGAGAAAAACAAGCUUGAUCAUCUAGCAUCAUUGGCUGUCACUGGGACGAUCAAAGAUAUGAAAAGCAUUGAUAGUUUCAUGACCUUUUCUGGCAAAAUAAUGAGCAAAUAUGUUACCCUCUAUAUACAAACUCCAGAAAGACUAUCAAUCAAAUCUCUAUAAAAAUGAUUAAUGGUUCCAUCAAUGAUAACGUGAAAGGGAUGAUUAUUGGCUUCUACACAGCCAGCCAGCCACAAUAAACUUCCACUUUCAUAAUUCCUAGAUUCCAACGUAAUUUCAGACCAUUUAGAAUUCCUACGAUUCAGCUAUAUUUGGUGGAUAAUCACCCGGAUUUUUGAAAGAAGCCUUUGACCCAAUUACCACGUUUAUCAUGGUAGCUUCAACAAA